UUCCCAAACCCUAUCAGCUGAAUCAUCUCCUUCCCUAGUUUGAUCCAACCUAACCCUAAUAUGGCAAAUAUUUUUUUCACAGUUCCUUUACUUCUUCUUUUGGGUCAGUGUUUUUGAAUGGAAGCAUUCCGCCAUGGCGAUUCCAACCAUAUCUAAUACUUGCUCAGGAAUCCUAAACUUUUCUCCCAAAAACCCAAUCUCAAUAUGGCGGAAAGACAACACAUUCAAAUUCAACAUUCACGAUUCCAAUCCAUUUACACCUCUCCACUACAAGACGACUACAAACUUCCGCCAAUUUCAUCCGACCUUUAUCUCGACCAAACUCCUUAAGGAAGAAGCUUAACGAGCAACUACUACAACAACAGGUAGGUCAGUGCCCUAAAAUUCAACACCCAAUUCUAAAUUAUGAUGAUAGAGAGAGCUCUAAUGUUGACGGUGUGGAAUCGUGUAAGUUAAGUUCUAAUAACAUUACUCUGCCUGCUAACAAUGAAGCAAAUUCUGGACAUUUGGGUGAUUCAGUCUUGUGGAAUAAAUUGGAAACUUGAGUUGAUCACUGUAAGACAGAGUCUGAAUUUUGGGGAGUUGGAUUUGGUCCUAUAUUCACUAUCUAUCGUGAUUUAGAUGGAAAAACCAAGAGUGUGAUUGUUAAUGAGGAGGAAAUACUGAAAAGAUGUGGUUUUAGUCCCCACAAAUAUGACAGAAGUGAGUUCAUGGUCUCUCCAGAUGCGAAAUAUAAAAUUGACCAUGCUAAUUAUCUGGCUAAGGAGAUUCAGAGUGGGAAUCACGCCUUUUCCGAAAGUAGUUCUGUGGCAAGGUUUGUGGUGCAAGGGCAGCAAUCCAGGUUUCUGAAUACAAUCCAGAGUCUUACUAGUAAGUCUGUUUUGUCUUCAAAGCAAUCUAAGGUUGGGAUCAUUCUAUUGCUGGGUGGUUUCUUUAUGGUUUGUGGGUUGAAGGCUUUGUUUGCAAGUAGAGAAGCUAAAGUACUAGAAUAUACAAGGUUGGAAAAGGACAUGUUAAGGAGAAAAGUAAAGGCAAUGAAAGAGAACGAUAAACUAGAAAAGGGUAGUGUGGAAGUUAUUCAGGGUUUUAAAGAGAAUCCAAGAAAUCCGUGAAAUGGCAAGGCAAGUAAGAAAGGACGAGUGAAAAGACUCCACACCAAGUGCUAGUGAUGCUGAAGCAAUCGAUUCAAAAGAAGAGCAUGCGAACCUUCCAAAUUUGUAGUUGACAAAAUUACAAAUAUCACAUCAGAGAAUCAGAAAAGCCAGACAACUGCAUCAUCAGCUUGUGAAGACUUAUUGAAGGACUUUUAUGAACAGAAACGUAGUUCAUCAAGCAGGAUAGGUUUAGUUGAUGGUGAAAGCUAUGUUGGAGAAAUAAAGGAAAAGAAGAAUUCUAAAAAUUAUGCUCUUGUACCAAUAGUUUAAAGCCAUAACAUGAAUAUGAGUUUUCUAAUAAUUAUGCACUUGGUUCUAUUAGGUAAUUAACCUUUCACAUCAUACAAAUUUAUUUUUUAUUAUGUUUAUUUUUGUUUUUAA